CGGCGACGAUCCACCAGCUCAAUGUCCACACGGGUGCUAGCUGCAACAGCAGCAGUAGCAGCAGCGAGAUGACAAUUGUCGAGCUGCAGCAGCGUUUGGAGCUGAUGACGCGCGAGAAGAUGACCCUGGAAAGCGCAAUCGAGCAGGAGCAGGAGCGCGUGUUCAACCAGAACAGGCGGAUGAGCGGCACGCUGAGCCCUGCAGCAUUGCGGUGUCGGAUCGGGAUCGGCGCUGGCGCCAUAUCGCCUCGCUGGGCCACGUCGCACUCGCGGUCGUCGUCGGUGUCGUCGUUCGGCGCGACCAGCGUCAGCUCGGUGGGCAUUACAGAGACGCUCAAGGCAGAUGUCAACUCGCUGCGGCUGCGGCUGGCCGACACAGAGCGCGAGCUCGUGUCGUGCUACAACCAGAGCCAAAUCUACAAGAAGGAGCUCGUGUCGCUGCGGCAACGGCUGGGUAUGGGCGUUGACGACCUCUAUAUGGACGACCCAGUGCCAAUCAGCAUUCGGCCCGUGUUGUCCGACCACACGGCGCGGCCACGGCGCUCGCAGUCGGUCAGCUCGGGCGUCAGCAGCACAGUGAGCACGCCGGUGCUUGUGCGGCGCGGCUCGGGGCAUCACCACGAGUACUUUGGGCUGCUACCGGCAACAGCCAGCGGGGCGCUGUCUGCUGGCACGUCUUCUGUGGCGAUAGGCAGCGGCAGCGGGGCGGGGUCAGCAGCUGCACCUAGGCGCAUCUCGCAGCGGCCGCACAGUGUGCUGCUGUCGCCGCGGCGGUCGAUGGAGGACCACCACGCGCCGGCCGCCGAUUCUGUGUCGCUGUUUGCGGCAAAGUCGGCAGCAGGGCCGCCGCAGCGCACAUCGCGCGGCUUCAAGUAGCAAUGCUGGUGGGGAGUGGGUCUGAACCUUGGUCCUUUUCAGAGCUUGGGGUUUCUCGCCCCGCCCGCUCCUAGCAUAUACACUUUUAUUUACACUUUAGCUUUAUUUCCUCAAAGGGCUGCCAGCUUGCCUUGCAAUUUUAAUAUAAUAUUUCA